UGCGUUUGGUUGUGGAUGUUCCUGGUAUUUCUCUCUGUUGUUUCCUUAAAGACAUUUGGAAUUCUACGCUUUCGCCGUGCAUGUUUUAUAUACACGCCAAAUCCCGAUUUUGAGAACAGCUUGUGUUUAAAAUGGAUUGGCUGUACUUGAAGAAUACUGAGGCUUUCCUGACCCUUUUCAUGGCUUUCAUCCUCCAUGUGAGCAUUGAUGCACAAGGUCAAGGCCAGGGCAGACAAUGUCCAGUGUUUAAAGUUACCAGAGGGACUGUGCAUAAAGUCUGUUUGAAAAAAUCUUUAAAGAUCUCCUGCAGUCUAAAGUAUUGUGAUGAUCAGCCAAUCAAUAUUAUAUUAUGGACUAAAUCUGAUUACUUGGGCAAAUGGAUUCCAGUAAAUACCAGACAUCACAUUUCAUCAUCACAGAAGCAUUUUGAUUUACUGAACUUAACUUCAUAUUUAACUUUUACAAAUAUAUCAAAGCAUCACGAAGGCUCCUACAGAUGUGAAUUUAAUCUUCCACACAUAUCAACCGUCAGCCAUCAAAUAAAUGUUUUUGUCACAGAUAACAGCACUGGGACUGAAAUCUCUUGUACUGAAAGCAGUGAUUCAGGUCCAUGGUGGCUGCCUUAUUUAUCCAUCUGUAUGGGUGUAGUGAUGCUGAUUUUCCUCACAACAGUCAUCACUUUCCUUUCUGCCAGUGGGUUUAAAUGUUCAAGGAAAAAGGUCAACCAAAGAGCACAGAAUUCAGAAGAAACACUGCAGCACAAUCAUGAGCUCCUAACAUUACCGUGUGAACAGUCUACAGUGUAUGAGUCAGAUGCGGUUUGUGAUUCAUUGUCAAACACAAAAGAUAACCAACCACGCCAGGUUGUCUAUGCAUCUCUAAAGGACUUCACACCUAAAAAGUCAUCGACCACAUCAUGUAGUAGGACAAGUGAGGAGUUUACAAUAUAUGCAUCGAUCCGGGUCUCAUGAUAUACUAUCUGCAGAUUUAGACAAAGUAAAUACAAAAUUGUCUCCAAGUCUCAGCCAGAGAUAGUUUUGUUUAACUUUAUAAUUAUGUUGUCAUGCUAUACUGCCAAACAGGAAGCAUGUGAUGUAUGCUUCAUGUUUUGACAACCCACAGUGCAAAUGAUCACACAAUCCAUUAUUGCAUCAUGGCAAACUGUUGUUAAGUUCACUGUGGUUUCUAUAAGUGAAACUCGUACUGAAAACCACUAAUCAUUUUAGUAGCUUAUGCAACACCUGAAAUGCAAUACUUACAGCUUGUUAAAAUAGUAACAGCUAAUGUAUAUGUAUAACAGAUGUAUUUUCCAUUUUAUAUAUAUUAUUUUUGUCAUUUCUGGAUUUUCUGUCAGAUUUGUGGUUAUGAUUAAAGUGUUAUUAAUAGAG